AGCUGUGUGGACCAGACACAGUGGACGGCAAUGGCUACUUUGAUACGCCUUUUCCUCGUCGCUCACCAGAAUCCCGCGAAGGUGGAAUGUGGUGAUGGCCUUCGACAACUCCGAUCUUGACCUGUUCAAGGAACAGGAGGGUAGAGAUGACUUGAACGACGACACAUUUGGGGAUGCAGCUAUCAUAGGAGAUGAUUGGCAGCCAUCCCCAGCACAGGAGGCUUUUCAGCGGGAACUUGAGCAAGCGCGGAGCAGCCCGACUUCAGGCUUUGGCAUUUCGCCUCCCCCAGGCUUAGGGCCCAAGGCGCGCCCAGAGGCAGUCAGGGAGCUGCGCACAUUGGGAGAAUUUGAAGCACUUCGCUCCCUGGGGCUAGACACGCCCCCGUCGCUGUUGGGAUGCCCGCCUCCAGCUGGACUCUUUGAAGGUUUGACUAUGACGCAGCCGGACUUGACAGCCGGCGUGCCCCUACAUUUUUCUCCACCGCUUGCUGGGAAGGGUUGGCCUAGAGCGCACGAUUUGGGCUUCCCAGGUCUGUUAGAAGUGCCACUUGCCCCCAGCCCAUGGCCUGGCUUCCCCCAAAUGGCCAUGCUGCAGGAAGCCGUCGGCAAAGAUGCGCAUUUCAAGAGGAUGGCAGGCCGUCCAGCGCAUCCUGUGCUUCCGCAGGCACACCAGGCACAGCCACAUCCCCGACCGCAUCCACUCACACAACCCAUGAGUGCUCACUUAUCGCACUUGUCACCUUUGCAUUCACAUCCUUUGCGCCCAGCGCAACUUGCCCACCCACCACGUCCUCAUCACGCGCCGCCCUUGCAUUCUGCCCUGGGCGCCAAGCCCACAAUAAUGUCAGUUGCAGAGCUGGAGGCGCAAAUGAUGGCAGAACAGCAGGAGGACAGACCGGGCAAGCUGAGUCGCACCCCUCCACUCCCUUCCACGCUGGCUGCUAGCACCUCUCCACCCGGCUUCGCGCCUGAGAGGCGGGAAUCCGUUCUCUUGACCGAGCACCUGUCCUUCAACGCAGAAAGCCCGGAACAGGAGGCAAUGAUUGCUCCCUUCACAGAGGCACACCGGCGAGCAGCGCUGGCGGAAGAUCACAGCGAGCCUCAAAUUCUGCAAGCGUUCCAGAAGCCUGAAACUUCGAAGAAGCAUGUUGGCCUGAUGACGGCAAGUGACAAGGAGCUGAUUGUCCGCAUUCAACUCAAUCAGCUGGCCGCCAUCGGCGAGGUGAGGGAGGCCAAGGAGGAUGCAGGCAAGGGGAAGUCGUCCCGCAUGGUAGCUGGGAAUCCGCGUGCCUCUCUUGACGUGUCCGGGCAGCCUGCGCAUACAAAAAAUGCUGCGCAGCUUGCCUGCAACAAGGCAUUCUGACCUAAAAACCUGCGAUCGCGGUGGGUGAGAAGUCCAGGAUCGGGGAUGGGACAUAAAUGCGUGAGAGCCUAAACCUCCAGCAAGGCCAUUCAGUUUUGCCAGGCUGCCGUCUGGAAUGCCUGCAAACAUUAUAUUUAGACGGCUUUUCACAUGCCAGAGUUCCUGAACAUUUGUAGGAUUUCCAGCAAUUGCGAGAUCUUUGGCAGGA